GUGUGCAGCUCAAUUCUGUGGCGCUGCGUAGAUGUCAACCAGGGUUUUUAGCAACUAGUCACAAGAAACAGAUUUCAUUGUAUUUUUUAACUAAAUAUACAACGUCACAGAAUGGCCACUGAUUCGGGCUACGGUGGCUCACAAAGCUACGGGUCAUACGCCGGUCAGCAGAGCGGCGGACAGGGCUACGGACCGGGCAACGGCAGCAGCGCCGCGUACGGGGCGCAGAGCUACAGCGGCUACGGCCAGCCGGGCGCCGCCACGCAAGAGGGGUAUAGCCAGCCUCCGCCGCCGAGCUACGAAAAUUACGGACAGCCACCAUCUGGGUAUGGCGACAAGUCGGCGACUUCUCAAGGGCAGCCGGGUGCCUACCCCCCCCCGGCCCCCGGAGGCGACAGCUACGGACAGCCGAGCUCUUUUGGUGGCCAGGGGCCCGGGGGGGCCGGCGCUGGGGGGGCCGGCGCUGGGGGCGCUGGGGGGGCCGGCGGCGCCAGCUAUGGAAGGUGGAGUGAAGGUGAGGAUGCCGGGCAGGGCGGGCGCUUCGGCCGUGACCAGGGGGAUCGCUCUGAAGGAGGCGGCUUGAGAGGCCGCGGCGGCUACGAGCGCGGUAGCUCCGAGCGCGGUAGCUCCGAGCGCAGCGGCGGAUACGACCGCGGCGGUGGAUACGACCGCGGCGGAGGACCCCCUGGUAUGGGUGGUGGUGACCGUGGUGGCUACAAAAAUUACGGUGGCGCCCGAGACUUCGACUCACGGGACGAACCGGGUGGCGAUCAGGACAACUCUGACAACAACACCAUCUUUGUUCAGGGACUCGGGGAAGAGGCCACGGUUCAGGAGAUCGGAGACUUCUUUAAGCAAAUCGGUAUCAUCAAGAUGAACAAGAAGACCGGGCUGCUCAUGAUCAACAUCUACUCCGACAAGGCCACCGGGCAGCCGAAGGGCGAGUGCACCGUGUCGUUCGACGACCCGCCGUCUGCCAAAGCCGCCAUCGACUGGUUUGAUGGCAAAGAGUUCAAAGGCAAACCCAUCAAAGUCUCAUUCGCCACCCGCAGAGCUGAGUUCGCGCAGAGAGGAGGAGGCAGUGGAGGAGGUGCACGAGGAGGAGGCCGAGGAGGUUUCAGAGGCCGUGGCGGAGGAGGAGGAGGAGGAGGAGGAGGAGGACCAAACUUUGACAUUAAGGGAGGCGACUGGCCGUGUCCCAACAGCUCUUGUGGAAACAUGAAUUUUGCACGGCGGCAAGAGUGUAACAAGUGUGGCACCCCCAAGCCCGGAGACGCCGGUGGAGGAGAUCGUGGAGGAAGAGGAGGUUACGGCGGCGACCGAGGUGGCGGUGGCUUCAGAGGUCGUGGAGGAGGUUUCCGUGGAGGAGACCGUGGAGGAGACCGUGGAGGAGACCGUGGAGGAGACCGUGGAGGUUACGGAGGAGGAGGAGGAGGAGGAGGAGGAGGAGGAGGAGGAGGAUUCGGAGGCGGCGGCGGCGGCUACAAAAUGGGAGGACGGUUUGUGAAAUCCUUCAUUUGGGGUUCAUUGAGUUCGACCUGUGGCUCUGUCAUGUCAUGUUGGGCAUUUAUCCAAGAGUACAAACUCAGAACAACAAGAAUCACGACAGUAACUUUUCUUCAAGAAAGACAAACUCCAAAAAACCACGCGUCGUAGCAUUAAAGUGCUAAUCUGUCUUUAUUGAUGUAGUUUCACUCAACGACCACUAGGGGGCGCCAGAGGUCAGUAAAUACAGACUGACUAGUUUAGUUAGAGAUGCUAAUACACUCAUUACAUCGAUGAAGAUUACUGUGUACGACUAUCUCGCUAUCUUUUAUUUGUUAAUGUAACUUUGUGUUCUGAAAUGAAUGUUGUCAUCAACUCAUUCAAAUCUGCCGUUGAAAGUAAAUCUAACGCUCGCCGUAUUCCUGCUGCGACCUUCACUGUGUUUACGUCCUCCUGACGAAGGAGCACGCUCGUCUUCAUCACCGCCAUGUUUUUCCUCCUCAGAGGCGACCGCAGAGACGACAGGAGAGAACGGCCAUACUAGUGUUGAGCAGACGGACGCCGCCCGAGGAGGAGGAGGAGGAGCUAGCUUGGGAGAACUGGGGAGGGGGUUGGAGGGGGGGGGCAAUCUGAUUGUCUGCUCUGUGGCCAGAGCAUCCCAACUGCUAUGCUCAUGGGGGGGGGGGGGGGGGGGCUGACGGUAUGUGGUCAAAUGUUGUUGUUUUUUUUGGUUUCCUCCGCUUUUUGUUUUAUUUUCUUUGUACAUCUUUUUAAUUUCCUCCGAUUGUAGUUGCAGAUGUUGUUGUCGGGUAGACUUCGUGUCUUUUGUUUUUGUAUGAACGGAUUUCAUGUUUUACUUGGGUUCUCUUUUUUCUCCCCAAAAUGAUAUUAAAAGACUGAUCUUU